UGAGUAUCACAAUGGAACCCUAGACAGUGAAGACUAUAAAUACGGCCAUCUAAACACUGAAAUGUUGUUUCAUUUCUGAGCUCUGCGAUUUGCUUUUAUCUUUGAGCUAGGGUUUCUAAUCGCCGCCUUCACAAGUUUUAUAUUAGGUAUUCAUAAUGGGUAAGGAAAAGAUUCAUAUCAGUAUUGUGGUCAUUGGACAUGUCGAUUCUGGAAAAUCGACCACCACUGGACAUCUCAUCUACAAGCUUGGAGGUAUUGACAAGCGUGUGAUUGAGAGAUUUGAGAAGGAGGCUGCUGAGAUGAACAAGAGGUCAUUCAAGUAUGCUUGGGUGCUCGACAAGCUCAAGGCUGAGCGUGAGCGUGGUAUCACUAUUGAUAUUGCCUUGUGGAAAUUUGAGACCACCAAGUACUACUGCACUGUCAUUGAUGCUCCUGGACAUCGUGAUUUCAUUAAGAACAUGAUUACUGGUACCUCACAGGCUGACUGUGCUGUUCUGAUUAUUGAUUCCACCACUGGUGGUUUUGAAGCCGGUAUUUCCAAGGAUGGGCAGACCCGUGAGCAUGCUCUUCUUGCUUUUACUCUUGGUGUCAAGCAAAUGAUUUGCUGCUGUAACAAGAUGGAUGCUACCACUCCCAAGUACUCCAAGGGAAGGUACGAAGAAAUUGUCAAGGAAGUCUCCUCUUACCUCAAGAAAGUUGGGUAUAACCCUGACAAAAUUCCUUUUGUGCCCAUCUCCGGGUUCGAAGGUGACAACAUGAUUGAGAGGUCUACCAACCUUGACUGGUACAAGGGUCCAACUCUCCUAGAUGCUCUUGACAUGAUCAAUGAGCCAAAGAGGCCCUCAGACAAGCCUCUCCGUCUCCCACUUCAGGAUGUUUACAAGAUUGGAGGUAUUGGAACUGUGCCGGUGGGUCGUGUGGAAACUGGUGUUAUCAAGCCUGGUGUGGUUGUUACCUUUGGACCUACUGGAUUGACAACUGAGGUUAAGUCGGUUGAGAUGCAUCAUGAGUCUCUAUUGGAGGCCCUACCCGGUGACAAUGUCGGUUUCAAUGUGAAGAAUGUUGCUGUGAAGGAUCUUAAGAGAGGUUUCGUUGCAUCAAACUCUAAGGAUGAUCCCGCAAAGGAGGCUGCCAACUUCACAUCUCAGGUUAUUAUCAUGAACCACCCGGGUCAGAUUGGAAAUGGAUAUGCUCCAGUUCUGGAUUGCCACACCUCCCACAUCGCUGUUAAGUUUUCAGAGAUUUUGACCAAGAUUGAUCGUCGAUCUGGUAAGGAGAUCGAGAAGGAGCCCAAGUUUUUGAAGAAUGGUGAUGCCGGUAUGGUUAAGAUGAUUCCAACCAAACCCAUGGUGGUGGAGACAUUCGCAGAGUACCCUCCAUUGGGUCGUUUUGCUGUUAGGGACAUGCGACAAACUGUUGCAGUGGGUGUUAUCAAGAGUGUUGAGAAGAAGGAUCCCAGUGGAGCUAAAGUCACCAAAUCUGCAGCCAAGAAGAAGUGAAUUGUGCCAAUCAACAGAUCCAAUUAUUUUGUUGAGAACAUUUUAUGUUACUAUGCUAGGUUUUUGAGAUGCUGUGUUUUUAUUUCUGUUUGGACUUAUCUGUGCCCAUUUUCUAGUUGGAGCUCCCAAUUCUGGGUGCUUGACAGGCGAUGGUAGCAUAGCUGGCUUAUCUGAACUAUUUUUGCUUUCGAGCUUCUUUAAUAUGUGAAACAAUUUUGAGCAGGUUGCUUUUAUGAUUGAUGUUUGCCAUGUUGGACAGUA